AAGUGUGAUCAAUAGAGAUAGAAACAGAGGAGAGAGAGUUGUUCACCUGAAGAUCGAUCAAAUCCACGGUUGAACCAAAUCGAUGGCAUCUUUCGGAGCUUUGAGCGUUUCUUCGAAUUCGGUGGUGUUUCAGUCGUCGUCGUCUUUGAAUUUGUUGAGAUCUGCGAGAAACGGCUUUUGUGAUCAGAAGUUGUCGUCUUGGAUCUGGUUCGGUCCGGAGAGCAAGCGAAGCAUGAGAUCGGGUUCGUGUAUGACGGUGAAAGGGAUGGGUGGAAUGGCGAAGUACAAAGGGACGCAGAUGAGAGAGCAACAGCUGACGGAGAUGAUAGAGAAGAAGGUGAUGGAGGCGAAGGAGGUUUGCGGUGGCGAACCGACCUCCGACGAGUGCAAGGUGGCGUGGGACGAGGUGGAAGAGGUCAGCCAAGCGAAAGCUCAUCUCCGUGUCAAGAUGGAGAAACAAGAUCCUCUCGAGUACUAUUGCCAGGACAACCCCGAAACCGACGAGUGCCGAAUCUACGACGACUAAUAAUUGAUGCAUAAUUAGUAAAAUCACUAUUCACCAUUACAUAUAUUUGUCUCUUUAUGUAAUUUCAAUUAGUGUAUGCAAAUGUUGUGAUAUGAAUUUGCGAGGAUUGGACAUCGAUCUAGUAUUUCGAUCAUUUCCUCUUUUACUUUGGUAAUGUAAUUAAACAAUUGUAUGAUAUAUCAUUUAUAUUUAUAUA